UAAAACUAUAAUUUUUUUUUAUUUUUUUUUAUUUUUUUAUAUAUCUAGGGUAUUAGUGUCUUUUUACCUAUUAAAUGAAACAUUUUGGUCAUUUUCCUCCUUGUAGUCUAUUUUUGUGACCAAAACUUGAAAAUGGUCUAUUUAUGAGAAUUGCCCUAAAAUUUUUUAAAAAUUUAUAGAUUUUUCAAAUCAUCAAUUUCUUUAGUUUUAAACAUUCCUACAAAUAAUUACUACAUUUAUUCAGAUGAUUUUAAAUAUGACAUAUUUAGAAUAGCCGUAAUAAAUUAUUUUUUAAAAUCUAAUUAUUUUUCCGUAAAGACUUAACAAAUUCUCCACAAAACAUAGUAACAAUACAAACAAUUGGUAUUCAUUGAUUCUCUGUUUUCUGUUGUAGUCCUGACAAAACCAAAGUCUGACAUUUUGGCUCAAAAAUCUUCUUCCAGGAGAUCGUUUGACGAUUUCAAAGCUCGGUGGAUGUAGAUUUAACUUUGACUAGCUAGUGUAGAGAAACGACCUUGGCUGUUUCUUGUAACAAGUAAAUCGACACAACAAUAUGUUGGGCGAGUCCUCUCCAAACCGGAGACAAACUCUAUAUCACUAUGAAUCGAAAACGUUACAAGCUUCGCACUAGUCUAAAACCGAAGCCCAUAAGCAGCCCACCAGAUGGCCCAAGAGACACAAGCCUCACAUUCUCCACCUUGACUCUUUGGCCUCACUCAUCGUCUUCUCCGUCUCUCUCUCUCUCUUUUGGCGACCAGAAGCUUCGACGAGCUCACCGCUUCGUCUUUCUCGGACGAUCGUCUGUUCCUCGACGCCGUCGUCACCGGAGAUGCAUGCUUCUCUCCGAUCCUUGCUUCUCUCUAUCUCGCCCCUGCUGUAAUCUCUCUCUCCUUCGAUUCCCCGUGACCAAGACAAGAUCCCGACUUCACCGCCGCUCGUCUUCACCGGCGUUAGCUGUCACCGCUUCCGCCAUUGACGUCUCAGCUCGUGCCUUGAUGAAUCUGUUGUAGCUUUGUGAUUAUCAAAUGGCAAAACCACUUAACUCCUCCUCACGCCACCUUCGGAAAAAAACGAAC